ACCACACCAUAGCUUUUUGCUAAUGGAGAAAUGUUUGCAGACAAAAGUGAUGUACGCACUUGGCGUGUCUAUCCUAUCUAUCUACCCAUCUAAAGUCUAAUCCGAUUCCAAGAAAACGUGCACCGCACCAUCACAUUUCCACCUAAUGCAAUGCUCCCCCACGUCCGCGUGCUUCAUGGGCUCUUGUCCUCUCUCACCGCAUCCUCGUACCACCUUCCGACACACAAGCCUCUGCAGCAGAUCCUCUGUUUCAAGAAUUCGCUUUUUUAAAUCUCUCGUUCCAGCAAGAAAAGGCGCGGCGGACUGGGUUUUCUUCCCUUUCCUCUGUGAAUUCAUGCGCUAGAGGACGAAGCGCUGUUUUGUUGGGGAAGCUCUUAAUUCUUUGCGAUGACGGCCUUGCGAAAUUCAGUCGUGUUGGGGAGUGCCGGUGAUGCUUGGCAACAGGGUCGUGGUGAGCAUUUCCUGGUCGCCCCGAAACGGGUCGGACUGCUCAAGUCGGCGCACUUCGGUGGCUUUUCUGGGUUGUCCGUCCGGCGGGCGGUCAGGUCCGUGGAGGACGAGAGCUCGUUGACGUCGGCCACUGAGUUGCGCAGGGUCGUUGACCAGACGGAGACGAGUGUUUCCAAGAGAUUGCGCAAGGACAAGGACUUGACUUCUUUUCCCAGGCCACUGACUGUUUCUGAUUUCUCUCCUACUCUAGAGAAUAAGUCAAAAAUGCAGAUAGCAUUCAAGGGGGUACCAGGUUCAUUCAGUGAGGAUGCUGCUCUUAAAGCCUAUCCUGACUGUGAGACUGUUCCUUGUGAUGAGUUUGAAGAUGCUUUUAAGGCCGUUGAACUAUGGUUAGUUAAUAAAGCUGUUCUUCCCAUUGAGAAUUCUUCUGGCGGAAGCCUCCACCGCAAUUAUGAUUUACUUCUCAGACACAGACUUCACAUAGUAGGGGAAGUUCAGAUGGCUGUCAACCUGUGUCUAUUGGCUCUUCCAGGUGUUAGAGCAGAGCAGUUGAAACGUGUUUUAAGCCAUCCACAGGCACUUUCUCUAAGCGAUAAUGCUUUGACCAGGUUAGAUGUUACCCGAGAAAGUGUUGAUAGCACAGCUGGUGCUGCUCAGUUUGUAGCAUUGAAUGAACUGAGGGAUGCUGGAGUCGUUGCAAGUGCUCGGGCAGCAGAUAUUUAUGGGCUUAAUAUACUUGCAGAAAGAAUCCAGGGUGACUCUGAUAAUGUCACUCGCUUUCUUGUGCUAGCAAGAGAUCCCAUUAUACCAAGGACUGACAAACCUUUUAAGACAAGUAUUGUCUUCACCUUGGAAGAAGGCCCUGGUGUGUUAUUUAAAGCCUUGGCUGUAUUUUCCUUGAGAGGCAUAAAUUUGACUAAGAUCGAAAGCCGGCCACAGAGAAAGCGACCGCUUAGAGUUGUUGAUGACUCCAAUACUGGAAGUGCCAAAUACUUUGACUACCUCUUUUACAUUGACUUUGAGGCUUCUAUGGCUGAUACCCGUGCUCAAAAUGCUCUCGGACAUCUGCAGGAAUUUGCGACCUUUCUGCGUGUACUUGGUUGCUAUCCCAUGGACACAAGUGUUUAGUUGCUUGUCCAUGCCUCUUCUUAUCACUGUUAUCCUCGUGAAUCAUGGAUGAGAAUGCAAACCAUUUAGAAAUCUGAGUCAGCUGGAAGCUUGCAUUAUUCGUUUGUCAUUUGCUAAGGCGGGAUCAGUAUUAUAUACCCAAGUGAGAGAAUGGAAUUCUGCAUUGGUUAACUGCCCAUCUACAGGAGCAAAAGGAUAUGCAGGGCUGUAGGAUAUUGCCUGCUAGAUAGUGGUAUGUUGGGACCUUGGUGCGGCACUUAUGCAUGCUAAGCAAUGGGGAAACGACAUUGUGUUGAAUGCUUGGCUUGUGUUUUAGCAGGAUGUGAGCUUUUGAGAUAUCUUCUUGAGGAUCAUGCAGGCAUGAUGCGUGUGGAUCAGUUAUUUGCGGGGGCAACCAAUUCUUUGUCAGAUACAAGACAGGUUACAGGUUUUCUUUUUAGUGAACCAAUGAAGUUAUAGCUUUAGAUGUUGGUUGGAGCUUCCUUGCCAUCACCGUCUGCAUUGUUCAUGUGCUCCCUUUUUGUGCUUUGCUGAGGAAGUUUUCUUUUAAAUCUGUAAACUGUGCUUUGUAAAUACUAAAAACUCAUCCAGCUAUUCUUUCCUCCUGUGGAAGAUAAUAGUGCAUGUGGGUGGCUAGUUUCUUACUCGGACCAUGACAAAAAAUUCAGUUCAUACUAGUCGAUUUGAUA